AUGUCGUUUGGUAAAGCUGUUGUAAAAAAUGCUGAUAUGGAACCAGUUAUGCAAGAAGAUGCUGUACAAAUAGCUGCUGUAGCACGAGAAAAAUAUGAAGUAGACAAAGAUAUUGCAACAUAUAUUAAACAACAUUUUGAUCGAAAAUAUGGACGUACAUGGCAUUGUAUAGUUGGUAAACAAUAUGGAAGUAAAGUUAUAGUGAAAGAUACUGAUAUGAAUGAUGAAAUGAUGGAAUUAGCAAUACGUGUUACAGCAUGUGCUAUGGAUCGAUUUCAAGCGGAUAUGGAUGUGGCUAAUUAUAUUAAAACACAAUUUAAUAAAAAAUAUGGUAGAUCAUGGCAUUGUAUUGUAGGUCGACGAUUUGGAAGUGAUGUUUCCCAUGAAGAACGAUCCUUCAUAUACUUUUUUCUUGGAGAUCGUGCAAUUUUAUUGUAUAAAUCUGGUUGAAAUCAGUAUCACAUCAAUAGUUUUGAUAUAAAUACCGAUGUUAGUAAAUGGCAAUGUUCAAAAAGAAUGAAAUCAUCCAUUUGAUACUCUUUUAUCUCAACAAUGUGUCCAUAGUAUAUUUUGUUGUUGUUUAAUUUACUGUAGACUUUUCUUUUAACCUCUUAAAAACUCAUAAUAUUCUGUGUUGAUAGGGUAUCAUUUUAAAAUAUUAUUAUAGUAACCAUUGUAAGUUUAUUACUACAAUCAUGAUAUUGUUAUCUUUAUAUUCAAUAAACUGAUCAAUAAACUGUUCAAUUUACUUUUGAUCUUAACAAUUGUAAAUCAUUGGGAAUUUUAUCAGAUAUGAAAUACUCUUAUAGGAUGUUACGGAAUGAAUUGACUUUUUUGUACUCACUGAGUUGAUCUUAAUCAAUCAGAAUCAACUAAGUAGAAUAGUGCAAAAUAUUACAAAAAGUGAUUUAGAACAAGACCAAUGUGUGUUGAUAUAUAUAUAUAAUUUGCACAAUAAACAGAGAAGAUGAGAAUGAUGAAGAUGUCAUGAACAUUCAGUAUAAGUGAAAUAUAAUCUGUUAUAUCAAAACAUG